AUGGAGUCCGGAGGUGAAGAGAAGCAACAAAAACCUUCCUACACAUACUGGGUGAGGAAAAUCACAGAAGAUGCAGCACCUUUACCCGUGCACAACAAAAUAGAUCCAUCUCCCCCCACUUCUCGAUCUCAACCUGGCUCUGCUUGGAAUCGAGCUGGGACAUGGGAAGAGAAGAGUCUUAACCAUUGGGCCAUUCCAAGAAUUAAGGAGUUGCUCGUUUCGGUCGGGUCUAUAUCGUUCUCGUCUGGCAGAGCAGAAGUUGAAGAUGUAACUAAAUGUGUUGGAGAUGCACUUGUGGUGGUUGUUCGGAACAAGAAACGUGUGAGUUUCACAUAUGAGUUGUCCUUAAGAGUGAAAGGGGAGUGGAUUAUACAAGGAAAUAAGAAGUUGGUUGGGGGGCAAAUAGAUGUUCCGGAGAUCUCAUUCGGUGAACUCGAUGACUUGCAGGUGGAAGUGAGACUUAAUGAAGCAUCAGAUAUCUCACCUCAAGAUAAAAUUGAAAUAUACAACAACUUGAAGUUAUUUUUACAGCCUAUUCGGGAAAAGCUGCUUCAAUUUGAACAAGAAAUCAAAGAUAGAUAG